ACUUUUCACGCUCUCUCUGUCUUUCUUCUUCUUCUUCUUCUUCUUCUUCUUCUUCUCCAUCUUCAGAUCAAAAUCAUCAAACAAAAAUGUCAGACAACAAUCCAGAAAUCGAAUCAUCAACCUUCAACACUCUAAACCACGACGUCACUGAAUCAAUCCUCUCCCAUCUCCCAAUCCCUUCCUUAGUCCGUUUCACUCUCGUCUCCAAACAAUGGCGUUCCAUAAUCACCUCUCUUCCUCCUCCUCCACCAUCAUCAUCACCACCAUGGCUCUUCCUCUUCGGUAUCCACAACACUUCCUCUUUCCACAACCAAUCCUUCGCUUUCGAUCCUCUCUCCAACACUUGGCUCCGCCUCCCUCCCUCCUCUUCCUCCUCCGAUCACCUCGUCGGAUCUAACCGCUUCCUCUUCACCACCGCUCCUCGAUUCUCCUUCUCACCGAUCCUUAAACCUAAUUGGCGAUUUACUUCCCCUGUUCUGUUUCCUCGAAUCAAUCCUCUGUUAAGCGUUUUCACAACUCUCUCCAACUCCUCGAAGCUAAUCCUCGUCGGUGGAUCUUCGCGUAUCGGAGGAUUAGUCGAUAUCGAGGAACGGUUAGCUGUUCAGGUUUAUGAUCCUGUUCUUGAUUCAUGGGAGCUUUGUUCACCACUUCCUGCUGAUUUCAGAUCUGGUCAAGAUCAUCAAACUUUGACUUCAGCUUUGUUUAAGAGAAGAUUCUACGUUUUCGAUAACUAUUCGUGUUUUAUCUCGUCGUUUUGCUUGGAUUCUUAUACAUGGAGUGAUGUUCAAACUCUUAAACCACCUGGACUCUCGUUUGCUUUCUUGAAUUCUUGUAAUGGUAUGCUUGUUCUUGGUGGAAUGUGCGGGUUUUCGUUUAAUCUUUGGAGUAUCGAAGAAGGUUCGAUGGAAUUUAGCGAAAUCGCGGUAAUGCCUGAGGAUUUGUUGUUUGGAUUAGUUGAUAAUGAAGAUGAGGAGGAAGAAGAUAGUAAUAAGUUUAGGAGUUUGAAAUGUGUUGGCUCUGGGAAUCUUGUUUAUGUGUUUAAUGAUGAUUGUCAUAAGAAAUUUCCAGCUUGUGUUUGUGAGAUUGGUGGUGGUGAGAAUGGGAAAUGUAGUUGGAGAAGAGUUCCUUGUUUGCCUUCUCCGGUUAAUAAGUUUCAUAAAGUUGUUAGUUUCUGCUCAACGGUAUCUAUUAGCGAUGUUUUCCACCCCGAGGAUGCUCAUAUUGGUGGUUCGAUUCGUGGUUGAGUUUGCUUACUUAUGUCACUGGUAUGAUCAUCCACACCCUUAUCUUUCAUUAUAAUUGCGCUUGUUAGGAGAGUUUACACUGGUAUUAGAUGAAUGAACAUUCUGCGGUUAG